AUGCACCCAGUUGCUGGUGGUAUGUCAAUUUUUAGCAGAGGAAAUCUGCUUGAAGGAGCUUACGAUUAAUUUGCAAAUUCAUAACAGAGCAAUAGAUAUGCUUAGUCUUCUAAUUCAUAAGAAAGUAAUUAUGAAUAAGUUGUUAAUCAUAAUCCCAAUAUGGAUUAUAAAAUACCAACUCACCUGAAUAGUAACUUAGUAAGUCCUAGAUUAUUUGUAAUAGAGAGCUAAAGAUAGAAUUUAGCACUAGACAAUAAGAUAAGUGGACCUGCUUCAAAUUUAAGUCCAAGGCUUUUAUCGACUUAGGGUGAUUUAGAACUAGAUAGAUUAGGUGUCGAAAGUUCAAUCUAUAAUGAGAGGAACAAUAGAAACAGCAAUAAUAUGCUCUUUUAAUAGGAUCCAAUGAAGAGAUAGUAGAAUUAAAAUUUGUACACUUUCAAUUAAUCUUCUGGUAGAGGGACACUUAAUGACCAGAAUUAUAUUCAUAUGAUGACGUUACAAGAAGUUAUAAAGGAAUCAGAGGAAAGAGUAAAAAAAGAAACUGAAGCUAAACUUAUGAGCAAAAUUAGUGAACUUGAAAAGCGCUCGUAAUAUCUUGAUAGAAGUCUAGAACUUAUUGAAGAUAUGAAAAAGAAAUUUCAGCAUGUGGAGAAUUAAUCUAAUGAUUAUAAUGAUUUACUGCUUAAGUACAACAAUUUACUUUAUGUAUAUAACUCGCAAGGACUUAAGAAGAGCAAUACUUCGAAGCAAACUUUGAGUUCAAUUAAUAACAUAUCUCAUUAAAACAUGAGGAGUAGUCCUAUUAGACUAGGAUCGGCAACAAUUCUUGACUAUACUAACAUUACCACUUAAAAUGGAAUCAGUUUACUAUAAGAAUAAAAGGAAAAUAACUUGAAUUAUCAAGAAUUCAAACAGAAAUAAUUGGAAUUAUAGAAUCAGGCACUCAAAUAAUAAAAUGAUAAGCUGCAAUCAAAAAUAGAUAUACUUAAAUAAGAUCAAUUUAGGAAAAAAUCAGGCAGUAGAAAAAGUUCGCCAAAGAUUAAUACAUUAAGAAAUAAUAGAAUGAGAUCUCUAGGUGGACUUAGCAAGGAUAGGUAACAAUCUCUAUAUCCAUUGAGUAAAUCAUAGGAAAAUCUUUCCACAGCAAUAUCCAACCGGAAAAGACAUGCAUAGUCAAAGGUUUUGACUCUUAAUAACCAUCACUCGACUCAAAUAAAUCGAAAUAAUAAUGAAAGCAGCUCUAUUGAGAUCUAAACGUUUUAGAAGGAAACUUUUGUUACUCUGCACAAAAAGAUUGACAAAUUGGAGAAAGAGAAAAAGCAACUAAAGAUACAACUUAAGAGUCAAAGAAUAAAAGCUUAAGAUAUUAAUUAUGACGCAGCAAGAGUAUCACUUUAAUGUUGUUGUGAAAAUCUGAAAAUAAUUUAUGAAGACAGAGCUCAAUCUUUGGAAAAGAUAGCUGAUCAUUGGAAAGAAAAAACUUAACUUCUUGUCGGCAAAUAUUAUAAAUCCCUCUAGCUAGUAAGAGAGGAUUAAUUGAAACUCAGAACCACAACAAUUGAGGCAGUAGAGUAACUUAGAUCUUUUCAAGAAAAGUUGGUUUCAGAGAUAAUGUCGAGGCAGGGAGAGAUAGCAGUUUAUUAUGAAAAGAAAGUUAAAAAACUGGAGAAAGAGAACAAAUAACUUAGCAAAAGAGUUGUGAAAGCAAAUUACACUAGUUCACUGUUAGAUUAAUCUAUUCAUGAAGGUUUUAUCCAUUAGGAGUAGACCAACUUCUUGGAUCUCUCUGAUCUAAAUGAGUCACUUUAUGAGAUUGAUCAUUCUAUGAGUCGAAAAAAUACCAGAGUUAUCUCAGAUCAUAUAAGAUAGCAGCAAGUCUAUUCUCCCAUCCUCUCCGAAGAAGAUGAAGACAAUACAUUGGGAAAUGGAGCAGGCAAUGAAGUUUUUAUAUAUCCAGUGGAUGACUUCAACUCUCAUUCACUGCUUAAGUUAAAGAGUGCCAACCUUGUUGUAGGAAUAGAUGAAGAUAAGUCAUUCAGCAUUGGUGCUCCUGAGUCCCCUUAUUUAAACAACUAGAAAACAUAUAGUUUCAUUUAGACCACUAACAGUACUCAGAUUUACGAUAGAUCUCCUCGAUAAGGCCAAUAAUAACACGAUUAACUUGAGUAAUCUGUUAAGAAAAAUUCUAAGAAAUAAAAAUCAAAUAAAAAGGUUACAUUCAGAGAUUAGGUCAUAAAAGGAUCAAGAUUAUACGAUGAAAAAUCUAUAGAAAAAAUCUUGAUAAGAUCCUGCACAUGUUGUGGACCCUUAUUGCCUGAAGAUUGCGAUUCAGGCAAAGUAUCCUGCUCCUGCUUAAUUUUUUGA